AAAGCUGAUUACGCAAACUUCCGCCACGCCAUCUCCCUUUUCCAUUUCUCCUGCAUUGCUUUUGCAUGUGAAUCACAAAACAGAGGUUUAGUUAAAAGGGUUCUGCAAUUGCUGAUCUCAGAGACCCGACCCACCAUCCCCAUACUCUCCAAAUCCAUGCAAAUGCAGUUCCUUCUUUCUAAUCGUACUUCCAAUAAUUGCAUUGAGCUUCACCUAAUACAAACAAUUUGCUGCCAUGGCCGGGUUUAUUGAUUGAUUGGCUUGGUUGGUUUCACGUCCCUUUCUCUCCCCUCUAAUUUCCCUUUUUCUUUUUUAGUCGGAACAGAGUACUCUGUUUUUUGUUUUCUUCCAAAACGAUCCAGUGAAUUGGAGUUGCGUGCUCUUCCUUCCUCCUCAAUUCCUUCCCUUAUUUAAUUUUUCUGGGUAUGUGCUGUAAUUCUUAUCCCCCUAUCAGACCCAUACAUCUAUAUGAACGUACACGUCGUAGGACGGCACUGUCACUGAUCAACUGGUCCGUUUCUUUACGUUUUCCGACUUGAUCAUCGAGUCCCAUUGAGGAAUUUCAUCGAACAGAUUGUGAGCAAAAAAAAAAAAAAAAUGCUGGGGAAUGGAGUGAUAGGGAUACUGGCAGAGUCAGUGAACAAGUGGGAGAGAAGGGCGCCACUGACACCAGCGCACUGCGCUCGGCUUCUUCACGGCGGGGAUGCAAAUGGAGUGGCUCGCAUAAUCGUGCAGCCAUCCACGAGGCGGAUCCAUCACGAUGCUAUGUAUGAAGAAGUCGGCUGCCAGAUUUCAGAAGAUCUCUCCCAGUGCGGUCUCAUCGUCGGCAUUAAACAACCCAAGCUGGAGAUGAUCCUGCCUGAUAGAGCUUAUGCCUUCUUUUCUCACACUCACAAGGCUCAGAAAGAGAACAUGCCUUUGUUGGACAAGGUUCUAGCCGAAAGGGUAACGUUGUACGAUUACGAGCUCAUCGUGAAGCCUGAAACUGGGAAAAGGAAGCUUGCCUUUGGGAAUUAUGCUGGCAGAGCUGGAUUGGUCGAUUUCUUGCAUGGUUUAGGCCAGAGAUAUCUGAGCCUUGGCUAUUCCACUCCGUUCCUUUCGUUGGGGGCGUCGUACAUGUACUCUUCACUGGCUGCUGCUAAAGCUGCUGUGAUUUCUGUUGGUGAAGAGAUAUCAAGUCUUGGAUUGCCUUCUGGAAUCUGUCCUUUGGUGUUCAUUUUCACUGGUUCAGGAAAUGUUUCGCAAGGAGCACAAGAAAUAUUUAGGCUCCUUCCCCACACAUUUGUUGAGCCAAGCAAACUCCCAGAACUAUUUUCCCUAGCAAAGGAUGUUCCAUCAUCAAUUAAGACAACAAAGAGAUUUUUCAAAGUCUAUGGUUGUGUUGUUACUUCCCAAGACAUGGUCCAACACAUUGAUUCUUCGAAACCAUUUGAUAAAGCAGACUAUUAUGCUCAUCCAGAGCAUUAUAAACCGAUUUUUCAUGAGCGUAUAGCCCCAUAUGCAUCUGUGAUUGUCAAUUGCAUGUACUGGGAGAAAAGGUUUCAUCGGUUGCUGAGUACUCAACAGCUUCAAGAUCUAAUGAGGAAGCAAUGUCCACUAGUUGGCAUUGCUGAUAUAACUUGUGAUAUUAAUGGCUCCUUAGAAUUUGUAAACCAAACAACAACCAUUGAUUCACCAUUCUUCAGAUAUGACCCGGAAAAUGAUUCUUACCAUCAUGAUAUGGAGGGUAGUGGAGUCAUCUGUUCUUCUGUUGACAUCCUUCCUACAGAGUUCGCGAAAGAGGCAUCCCAACAUUUUGGAAAUAUACUGUCACAAUUUGUUCGCAGUUUGGCCUAUACCACCAACAUUCAGAACUUACCCGCAGAUUUAAGGAGAGCUUGCAUAGCCCAUGGAGGAAAACUCACUUCAUUAUACGAAUAUAUUCCUCGUAUCAGAAAAUCUGAAUCUGGAGAUGUACAAGAUAACGCAGUGAGUUCAAACUCUAGUAGGAAGAAAUUCAAUAUAUCGGUCUCUCUUAGUGGUCACUUAUUCGAUAAGUUUCUCAUAAAUGAUGCACUCGAUAUUAUUGAAGAAAAAGGAGGCUCCUUUCACUUGGUGAAGUGUCAAGUCGGUCAAAGUGCUAAUGAAACAUCCUUGUCCGAAGUGCUAGUUGAGGCAGAUGACAAGGUAGUUUUGGAUCAGAUCAUAGACUCUUUGAAUUCUCUAGCCAAUCACGAUAAACAUCAAGGACAUUUUGGCAAACAAGAGAACAAUAUUUCUGUCAAAGUCAGUAAAAUCCAAGAAAAUGACAUGAAAAAAGAAUGUGAUGGGAAAAGGAAAGCUUCAGUUCUUCUUAUUGGUGCUGGCCGAGUAUGUCGACCUGCUGUUGAAUUCCUAGCAUCAGUUGGGAGUGAUGCAGCCUCAGAGUGGUAUGAAGCAUGUCUGGAUGUUGAUGAACAGAAAGAUAUUGAAGUUAUUGUUGCAUCCCUCUUCGUCAAAGAUGCACAAGAGAUCACAGAAGGUAUCCCAAAUGCCACAGCAGUUCAGCUAGAUGUCUCAGAUCAGGAAAGCCUGUGCAACCUUAUUUCACAGGUUGAGGUUGUAAUUAGCUUACUGCCUGCUAGUUGUCAUGUCAUUGUUGCUAAUGAGUGCAUAAAGCUUAAGAAGCAUCUUGUCACUGCUAGCUACGUUGAUGAUCGUAUGUUAGCACUGGAUACAAAUGCGAAAGCGGCUGAUAUCACCAUCCUUGGGGAAAUGGGAUUGGAUCCUGGAAUAGAUCAUAUGAUGGCCAUGAAGAUGAUAAACGAAGCUCGUAUGCGCAAUGGGAGAAUCAAAUCCUUCACUUCUUAUUGUGGGGGACUUCCAUCACCGGCCGCGGCAAACAACCCUUUGGCCUACAAGUUUAGCUGGAGUCCUGCAGGAGCCAUCCGAGCUGGGCGCAAUCCAGCCACCUACAGAUAUAAUGGUCAAAUCGUGCAUGUUGAUGGUGACGACCUGUACGAUUCAGCUGCCACUUUCAGGAUCCCUGACCUUCCAGCUUUCUCCUUGGAAUGUCUUCCAAACCGUGACUCGUUGGUUUAUGGGAAGCUGUAUAGGAUACAAGAUGAAGCUGCAACCAUCUUCCGUGGAACGCUCCGCUACCAAGGGUUUGGCAAGAUAAUGGCAACCCUAGCCAAAAUCGGCCUUUUCGGCACUGAACCUCAUCCCCUCCUUGUCAACGGAGGAAGUGCAACCUACAAGACGUUUCUGUGUGAUCUUUUUGGACUGGAGAGGGAAAAGCCAGUUGGGGAGCAAGAAAUUGUUGAAAAACUUACCAAACUGGGACAUUCCAAGGACCCAGGAACUGCAGCCAUGGUAGCAAAAACAUUAAUGUGUUUAGGACUUCAUGAGGAAACUGAAGUGCCUAGUACAUGCAAGACUGCAUUUGAUGUUGCUUGUUCCCGAAUGGAAGAAAGGUUGGCCUAUUCGGGCAGUGAACAGGAUAUGGUGCUUUUGCAUCACGAGUUGGAGGUGGAAUUCCCUGAUGGGCAGCCUGCAGAGAGUCAUAGAGGCACGUUGCUGGAAUUCGGAAGUACCAACGAUGGGAGAACCACCACAGCCAUGGCUCUCACUGUUGGUGUUCCAGUAGCCAUUGGAGCUCUGCUGUUGUUAGAGAACAAGAUCAAGAGCAGAGGUGUGCUCCGGCCAAUUGAACCGGAAGUUUAUGAGUCAGCACUGGAGAUCUUACAAGCAGUUGGCAUCAAGUUCAUUGAAAAGGUCAACUAAACGGACCUCAGAUUGCAGGGGAUGCAUAUUGUACAGUUUAAGCCUUUGGAUAGAGCAAGUUCUGAUGAGAUUGGUAUGUGUACUGGUGAACUUAUGAAAUGAACAUAUUUGUACAGUUUAAGCUUAUUUGAUGAUAUUAAGUCAUGGAUUCUGCUUAUUUCUGAAAACAUGAUUAUAGGGUUGUCCAUGUCGUGGUAUGAAAGUCCUAUUAUUGUCACACCUUCAAAGGUCUUUUCUUUCUGUAUUUGUUAUUUGACUUGCAAAAAUCUAUGUAUAUUGUUGUAUAUUGUAAGUGAUAUUCCCUUUUGGGAUGUCUAUGUAAAAAAAAAGAGAGCUUAUUUGAUGAUAAAUCUACUUUCUUUACCUAUUUUUCGCAUUAUUAAAUACUUUAAAAGAAGAUACAUCUUAUUUUCAUUGUAUUUAUUGAAACAACUAUAUUUACAUUUAAAUACAUCUUUGUCUCUAAUGAUUAUACUAGCUUAUAAUCCGGCCCGUUGGUCGGAAUGUUUAUAUUUUAUUUUUUAUACUUUUUAUGUUACGUUAAAGUCGAUCAACCUGUUUAAUUUUAUUGGCAAUCUUUCGAUUCGAGAUGAUACAUAAAGAAAGAAUAUAUAGGUCGAACAUUCAGAGAAAUAUCAUCAUCAUUUGAGAAAAUAAAACAUAAAAAUGAUGAUUGAUCUCAUUUUCAUAAUGAUAAUUAAGCCCAGUUAAUAUGUUAUUGGUUAGUUGAUUGUUAAGAAAGAUAGAGUAUAAAAGCUCACUGGAAUUCCCACACGACCCAUAGAUAGUUUGAAACUGAAUCUAAAAACUCACAACCCUACGUAAAUGGUUCAAUGCUCUCAUUUUGGGGGCAAUAUGCCACUAAUAAAAAAGAAAUGGAUAAUUGUAGGUUCAAGUCAACUAUAUACUAACAACUCGGCUAAGAGUGGAACAUCAAAACUUGAGAGCAAACGAUCAAAGUAAAUUGGGUUACCUCCAAUAUACUAAUAGACUCGAUCAAAGUAAUAUGACGCAAAAUUAGACAUUCCUUAUCUAUCAGUUCCAGUAGGUUGAAUAAAGAAUCAACCUACUUCAUUAAAUCAAUCAAUGAUUACUCAUUUUAAGAUAGAAAUAGGUUGUGGUAGCUGCAAAAACUAUAAACCUAAUGAUCCAAUAGCGACCACUCUCCAUUGAACGGUCAAAUUUUUAUCUACUCUAUCUUCAAUCUCAAGAAGCAUAUGUUUCAACCAAACAUUCACUUUCUAAUCCUCCUUCUGCAACUCCAUUUCUGCUACUUUGAUGGACCUUCUCUCUGCGACCCUCAAUUUCUCUUCCAAUUAGGGUUUUUGUCAACUCGCUCUUUUACUCCUCAAUCCUCUUCCUGUGUUUUGCCAACUCAUCUUCCUCAAGGCCAGUUGUAAUAAGUUCGCUAAAACCAAAACUCAUCUCCAAUUCCAUCAAUAUGCUCAUCUCCCCCUUUGUAUGCCUUCACAUGCUUCAGUACACUUCCAUGUCCUUCAAUACUCUCUCCAUUUUUAUUAAUAUCCUCAUCCUCUCUCACUUCUCUCUCUUUAAUUGCUUCAGUUUUGCUUCCGCGUCUUUCAACACCCUCCUCAAUUCGAUCACUACCCUCGGUAACUCCCUCUUCUCUGCCUUAACAUGCUACAGUUGAAUUUUUCUUCCCCCCACCACUCUCAUUUUCAAACUCAAUCCUAACUCUUCUACUCCAAGUUCAACACCUCAAACUCCUAGAGUGUUGCAUGAAAGCUCAAUUUCUAACUAAUUCUAAAACAAUAUCGAAAUUUGAUUAGUGAGAUAAGAAUAAAAAUUAAUGAGGAAAAUUAUGGUUGCGGAGAACAUUAGUUAUCACAAAAUCAAAUAUGAGCGGAAAUAUUGUAAUUGAAAAGAAACUUUUUUUCUCAUUUUGAUCUUAUUUUAUUAUUUCAAUAGCUAAGCAAAGAACAAAAAUAAAGUACAGGAAACACACAACAAAGUGGACAGGGCUCUAGCAAAGUACAACUGCCAUGUUCUACACAAACAUCUCUUUUGCUUACAAACAAAUAUAGUACCCAAACCAUCGUUCAAAUUCAUUUUCUAUAUUUAAUAAAUCAUUCAUAAACAAAAAACUUAGAUAAAUCGGGAAGGAAAUAAUAGUCUGCCAGUUCAAUUCGAUGAACCUAAUAUGAAGAUAGAAACACAUUGAAGUUGAAACCUAAUAACAGAAAAAGGAGAAAUCACGCAGGAGAUCCCCCGAGCUUUAAACAUCGUUUCAGGCAAUAAGAUCAAAAUAAAUAGAUAUUAUGCAUGUUAUGCUCAUGAGACAACGUGAAAAUAAAAGUCUCUUUGUUAUUAAUCAGAAAGAUAAAACCAUGAGACAUAGAGAAGAAACGAAUAACUUACAU